AUGGCAGAAAACGAGACGAAAUCUUUCAUCGGACACGAAUUGAGGCAACUGACGUUCGGAUGGACCGAUUAUACAUUGUUCACCAGCCUCCUGGGACUCAGCGUUCUCAUAGGAAUUUAUUUCGGCUGUUUCGGUAAGAAACAGGAUAACACCACCGAGUACUUGCUCGGAGGCAAAACGAUGUCCUGUUUCCCGGUUGGAAUGAGUUUAAUUGCUAGUCACAUAUCGGCGGUUUCGUUGCUCGCUAUACCCGUCGAGGUAUAUCAACACGGCACACAAUACGCGGCUUGUAUUUUUACAUCGUUCAUAUCAUGUGCCCUUAUCUCCUUUAUCUUUUUACCAGUAUUUUUUAAACUACAAUUGACCAGCAUCUUCGAGUACUUAGAGAUGAGAUUCGCAAAGCCGGUUCGGAUAUUUGCCUCUUUUCUCUAUACAAUCGCCUUGCUCAUUUACGUACCACUGAUAGUGUACGUACCGGCGCUAGCAUUUUCCCAGGCAACGGCGAUCAAUCUACACCUGAUUACUCCGAUAAUAUGCACUGUAUGCAUAUUUUACACAACGAUAGGUGGUUUGAAAGCGGUUGUAUGGGCGGAUACUGUGCAAAUGACGGUAACGAUUGGAAGUCUGUUCGCCGUGUUCGUCCUGGGGACCAUAGCUGUGGGUGGUGUGCCCGAAACUUGGAGAUUAGCAGAGGAGGGUGGCAGAAUAGUCUUUUUCAACAUGGAUCCGAGUAUCUUUGUCAGAAAUUCCUUUUGGGGCAUGUCAGUUGGAAUGGUAUUGAAUUGGCUGGCUGGACUAGGUAUAAGUCAAGUGUCGAUGCAAAGAUUUCUGUCUGUACCGAAUAUCAGAGAAGCACACAAAGCCGUAGCAUUAAUGGCAGUGUGUAUGGUGAUUAUAAAAUGGGUGUCCGUCUUCACCGGACUUAUAAUGUACGCCAGAUACCACGAGUGUGAUCCCAUAAGUACUAAGGUGCUUACUAGGAGCGAUCAACUGCUCCCGUAUUACGUGUUGGACGUUGCCGCGAACGUUCCCGGGCUCCCUGGCCUUUUUCUAGCCGGACUCGUCAGCGCUGGUCUUUCCACGAUGAGCGCUAAUUUAAACACAGUCGCUGGCACGAUCUACGAGGACUUCAUUGAUCCUUGGUUACCGGACAGUGAUAAUAAAGAGGUUCGAGCUUCGAGGAUCAUGAAGGUCAUCGUAGUAGUCAGUGGAACGAUCUGCGUGAUGAUGGUUUUUGUCGUUGAUCGUUUAGGCGACAUCUUUCAAGUGUCUAUGAGUCUUCAUGGUGUCACGUCCGGUGCUAUGCUCGGCAUUUUCACUCUAGGAAUGUUAGUACCCUGGGCCACAACGAAGGGUGCAAUCGCCGGCGGUUUGGUCUCAAUGGUUACAAUGGUUUGGAUAAUUGUCGGGGCUCAAGUGAGCAUGGCUCAAAAACGAUUCUUCUAUGCUCCGCUUCCUACAUCAACCGAUGGUUGCUUAAACAUGAAUCAAACAACGACACACACGGUUCCCUCUGAGUUGCCGAACGUCGACGAUCCACCCUUCGUACUCUUCACCAUAUCAUUCAUGUAUUACACCGCAAUAGGUUGCCUGAUAGUAAUGAUAGUUGGAACGGCAGUCAGUUUUCUGUUUGGUCCUAACGACUUGAAGAAUCUUGACAGAAAUUAUUUCCCACCGAUUAUUCAGAGAUUUUUACCAGAGAAGAAGUACACCGAGGUACCGAUGCAUACGACAAUACUGACGAAUCCAGAAAAGGAGAAGCUCAAUUUAUGCGAUUAA